GAUAAACUCAAUAACGACCAGGGCAGGGUAUCAGACGCUUGUGAGAAGAGAGAAGAGCCUGCUGCUGGAGACAGUGCCGCUCUACCUUCAGGCUAGAAGCAGGAAUGGAUAUGGCGCUGCGCCUGGCGCGACCCUGCGCGUCUCCGUCGCUGCGCGGUGAAAGUUUUCUACUCGAACCUAAAAAUGGAAAGCUCCCUUCAAAGCUGCACCUGAGGUCACUAGGGCCUCGAUGUGGAAGCUUUGACACUUCAGAAACUGCGACUGCUCAUCGGUCGGAUUUGCUGAAAUCAUCUGCUAUUUCUCGACGGCAGGCGCUGGUGGCCGGGGUUGCAAUUCCAUCAUUCUUUGUCCUGCAACCUGCCUUGGCUGAGUCAUCUGCAGCAGUUGAUGGGGAGGACAGAGCAUUGCAAGUGGACGCAAUUAAUGCCUAUUCCUUCACAUAUCCUGUAUCCAUUGGCAAAGGGAAAAACCUUUCCUGGGUGGAAUCCAGGAAACCGGAGCGCUACUCAUCUGCCGCUCCCCUUGCGCCCGAUGCUCGACAGCGGAUCGUUUCAGAACGUAUUGACUUGAAGAACAACCUUGUCAUCUCUGUAUCGGUCGGGCCUCCAAACUCUGCUUUCUUAAAAACAAGUGACUCCAAAACAUGGGAUGCGAAAGCCGUUGCACAAUCUGUUCUUGCCGACAAAUCAACUGCGCGGAUGACAAUGGGACAAAGAGUAGCGGAGGUAUCGAUUGUGGAUGCUCACACAAAGGAGGUGGAUGGUGUGCCGUAUUUCUACUACGAGUACCUCGUUCAGAAGUCACCAACUUUGACGCAAGGUGGACUUGACGUUUACCGGCAUUCAGUAGCUGUGACUGCCGAAAGGGAAGGUUACUUGUACUCUUUGAAUGCAUCAACGCUGGAUUCGAGAUGGAACAUAAUUGGACCGGCGUUUAAUGAAACGAUAGCAUCUUUCCGCAUGACUCCGCCAACAGAAGAGUAUGUCCCUCCAUACAAAGAUCCAUGGCGCUUUUGGUAGGUGCUGUCGGAGUGAUUUUGUCACCUUCGAUGGGUCCAUAGAUUUCAAGACAGAUUUCAGCGGUUUUUGCGCAACCUGUAUUUCGUCUAAAUUCAAUAUUUUUGGCAGCAUUGAGCACAAAUACGAAUCUGUUUGGAACCACUGGAUUCUUCCAGUUUCAAGAAAUGAGACAAUUUUCCCAACGUUUAAACCAGUUGAUGCGUUGCUGAUCAAUUUCCUUCCA